AGAGGGCGCUGGAGACCGUAGGCUGUCUUGGAUUGCUUGUUGGAGCUGCAGGAGAAGGGGUCGGCGGCGGGAAACAACGCGGGGCCGACCCCCGGCCUUUCCGCCGCCGAGGUGGCCGCCCCGCGCCGUCUCUGCGGCGCCAGUUCCGGGCCACUGCCUUCGUUCUCCCUUCGCUCUGCCGCGCCAGAGCUCCGCACAAGCACCACGAUGUCGGCCCCUUACCCAGGCCCCCUUCGCCUCCUCUUCCCAUAAGAGACUUCCAGAUCUUAAAGAUUUUUGACUGAUUUUAAGCAUUUCUCUAUCUAUAGCUAUCUGUUUACAUUCUGACUGGGAACACUGGGAUCACUUUCAUCAUGCCUACGGUGGUGGUAAUGGACGUAUCCCUUUCCAUGACCCGACCUGUGUCUAUCGAGGGGUCCGAGGAAUAUCAGCGCAAGCACCUGGCAGCCCAUGGUUUGACAAUGCUGUUUGAACACAUGGCCACAAAUUACAAGCUUGAGUUUACAGCCCUGGUGGUUUUUUCAUCACUCUGGGAAUUGAUGGUUCCCUUCACAAGAGAUUAUAACACCCUACAGGAAGCACUAAGUAAUAUGGAUGAUUAUGAUAAAACCUGCUUGGAGUCUGCAUUAGUUGGUGUUUGCAAUAUCGUUCAGCAAGAAUGGGGUGGUGCAAUUCCUUGUCAGGUUGUUCUGGUGACAGAUGGCUGUCUUGGCAUUGGUAGAGGGUCACUGCGGCACUCCCUAGCUACUCACAGCCAACGCAGUGAGAGCAACAGGUUCCCACUACCUUUUCCUUUCCCAUCUAAGUUAUACAUCAUGUGCAUGGCAAAUCUGGAGGAGCUUCAGAGCACUGAUUCCUUGGAUUGCCUUGAACGUCUUAUAGAUUUAAACAAUGGUGAAGGGCAGAUUUUUACUAUUGAUGGCCCCCUGUGCUUGAAAAAUGUACAGUCUAUGUUUGGAAAACUGAUAGAUCUGGCAUAUACACCUUUCCAUGCUGUUCUCAAGUGUGGCCACCUAACCGCUGAUGUGCAAGUCUUCCCCAGGCCAGAACCUUUUGUUGUAGACGAGGAAAUCGAUCCUAUCCCUAAAGUCAUUAACACAGAUUUGGAAAUAGUGGGAUUUAUUGAUAUAGCUGAUAUUUCAAGUCCCCCUGUUCUGUCCAGACAUCUGGUUCUACCUAUAGCACUUAACAAAGAAGGUGAUGAGGUGGGUACUGGUAUAACGGAUGACAACGAAGAUGAAAAUUCAGCCAAUCAGAUUGCAGGCAAAAUACCCAACUUUUGUGUCCUGCUCCAUGGCAGCCUAAAAGUGGAAGGAAUGGUGGCGAUAGUUCAAUUAGGUCCUGAAUGGCACGGAAUGCUCUACUCCCAAGCUGACAGCAAGAAGAAAUCAAACCUCAUGAUGUCUCUCUUUGAGCCUGGCCCAGAACCUCUUCCAUGGCUAGGGAAAAUGGCACAGUUGGGUCCUAUUUCAGAUGCUAAAGAAAACCCUUAUGGUGAGGAUGAUAAUAAGAGCCCAUUCCCCCUGCAGCCCAAAAACAAACGCAGUUAUGCCCAGAAUGUGACCGUGUGGAUCAAACCCAGUGGCCUGCAGACAGAUGUACAGAAGAUUUUAAGAAAUGCAAGGAAACUACCUGAAAAAACACAGACAUUCUAUAAGGAGCUGAACCGUUUACGAAAGGCUGCCUUGGCCUUUGGUUUCCUGGACCUGCUCAAAGGGGUGGCUGACAUGCUAGAAAGGGAGUGCACGCUGCUGCCUGACACAGCUCACCCCGAUGCUGCGUUCCAGCUGACUCACGCCGCCCAGCAACUCAAGCUGGCCAGUACUGGCACCUCUGAGUACGCCGGGUACGACCACAACAUCACACCUUUGCAGACAGACUUCUCUGGGAGCAGCGCUGAAAGAAUGUGAAGCUGACUUCAUUCUUUUUUCAAGUGAAAAUAAUUUAGGAUAAAAACUUUUCUGGUCUGUUCACCUCUGCAGCAGCUACCCGAAGACCUUCUCAAGGCUGCCUCAGAAGCACCACUUGCAGGUUUGACUCUGCUACUCUGAGAAGGGUUCUGCAGGGUGGGCAGCUGCUCGGGCUUUGACCUUAGCUUUCUGGAGCUCAGUCUUUAAAACCAAAAGACAACUGUUGCUCCCACAAUGGGCACCUCUCCUGAGAAGCCUGAAGGACUGACAAGCGUAGAGCCCACUCCACCUUCCUCUGGCGCCCUAACAACCUGGGUUCUUUGUUCCUGAAAUGCCCUUUACUCUUCUCCUCUCCCAACCACAGGGACAUUUUCAGGUACCUAAGAUUGGGAGAGGAGACUUGCUAAGUAUAAGCCCAACAUCACUAAGUUUCAGAAUUUCCUUAGAACUUGGGCAAAAGGUCGGUGGUAACCCUUAGGUGCUUUUGGCAUAUCUUGAGAUACAAACUUUUAGACAGCAACCAUAAAUGUAUAAAAUGAUUCUUGUUUUUUCAAAUUUUUUUUAAUGAAAACAAAAUAUUUGAUUUUCUAUAAAAUGGUUGCACUGGGAAAUUUUUAAUGGGUCUUUUUGCCUUUUGCUCUGUCCUAUAACCUAAGUAUAAUUUUAACCUCCUAAGUAGCAUAGAUUCAUCAAUCUUGAAGGUUCCUUGGGUUCCAUACUGACUUCCUUGUUUCUGACACUGGUUAGGCCUCACUGCUUCACUGCCUAAGCCAGGUUCCAUCCAGGUAGAUUCUGAUAUCACUGUAGUCAGUUAUGGUUCCAGUUCAUGAGCUAGCUUCAUGACCUUAGGCAAGUCAUCUAACUUCUCCAGGCUUUGUUUACAUCAUCAGUGCUUUUCAGAUUGUUCUGUAAACCUCCUAAGGAAUGGCUGCUUCAACCCAAGCAAACAUGUUUUAUUUAACAUGCUGAAUUGCUAUAUAGGCAUACCUCGGAGGUUUUGCAGGUUUGCCUCCAGGCCACCGCAGUGAAGCAUAUAUUUCACUAAAGUGAGUCACACGAAUUUCUUGGUUUCCCAGUAUAUAAAAAUGUUAUGUUUACACUAUACUGUAGUCUAUUAAGUGUGCAAUAGCAUUCUAAAAUAAAAGGUAUAUACCUUGAUUUUAAAAUAUUUACUGCUAAAAAAUGCUAUCCAUCAUCUGACAACACAGGGUUGCCACAGAUCUUCAAUUUCUAAAAAAUGCAAGUAUCUGUGAAGUGCAAUAAAGCGAGGUAUGCCUAUAAAAUAUUUUUUCUAAACAAAGGAAUUUAUCACUAACAAUUUGGAAACCAUUAGACUAAAUGAUCUUUAAACACAAGUUACUAAGAUUUUAAUUGUAAAUGUUUAAUAGAAAUACACAAUCUUUAGCUUUCUCAGACAGCAAUAAAGGGGUUUAUAACAAUCAGUCACUAAGAAUACAAGAUUCUACCACAAAGAUACAGCAUAAUCUGCUGUAAAGCUGAUCUGCCCAAUUACACAUAGAAAGUCAGUUGAAAGAACACCAGAAAUUAAUACAAACAAAUGUUGACAGAAGUUGCAGACAUGCAAAAUAUCCUUCAGUGCAAUGAACUUGUAAAAAUACCAACCAGCCUAUGCUAAUCAGAUGUUUUUACUUAGGUCAAACCAAGUUUCCAUCUUGGGCCCAGAGAAAUAGCAUAACCCACUGAGUCCCCUUUCCCCCAGGAACAAUGGGAAUGGCAGAACAGAAAGAGUCAGCAUACCUCAAAUUCUUAUAUACAAACAUUACUUGGUUUACUUGGAAUGUAUUAGGGGAAACUGAUGUUUUCGACAAUGGCCAAAUGAUAGUGUCUAGAUUUUUUUCAGUUCCUCUGUUGGUGGAUUUCCUGCCAGGAAUUGUUAAAGGCUCAGCUGGUGGUUCUCCAGCCAAAGUUCUCACUUUGUUUUCACUGUCCUACUGCAGACAGGUGAAACAACAGCAAAAUAAAAAGCAGGUGUUUUUGAGGCCUAUUCAAAAACAGUUCCACCAACUCACUCUGACACAAGUAAAUGGACUCAGUCAAUGCAGGGGAAGGAACACUGAGUUUUUUAUGUCUGUGCACAGCCUAAGACAGUUUCAUAGGUAUUUUUACUUGGCCUACUCUGAUGUUUCCAGUUUGCCACAGGCUGCAUGGCCAGUUUGACCCUUUUGAUCCCUGUAGCACCAUUUGCAUUUGGAACUCUUAUAAUCUCAUUGUUUUCUAACUAAUGUUUCAUCUUUCGUGUUGAAAAUAGUUCUGAUUUAGCUAGGAAUGAAGUAAAUGAUCAUGGUGUUCCAAGGUUCUGACUGGUUUCUCUCAAAUCACCCUGGGCCUCUCCAGUGCCCACGCAGGUUAAGAUGUUGUUAGAGAGAUUCAGAGGUAAUAUGUGUCCUCCAGCCCUACUCGGACUCAGAAAUGUUUUAUCAAUGACUGAGUAAAACUCGAUUUCCAGAAAAAUCAAUGCCAACCCACUUAACAAGUAGCCCCUUGGGUACAGAAUAUAUUAGGUCCUUGUCUGAGUCACUUUCACAGCCUCCUACACAGCAACGUAGUCUUGCUUUUUUUUUUUCCACAAGCAAUAGCUGAAAAGAACAAUUCCCAGCUAUAAGAAUGGCCAGUAGCUGGUAGCGUCAGGGCACUGAAGAAGUAUCUCUGGCCUGUGUGAAACAGACUGACUGGACAUGGAGUGGGUGGGGGUAGGGCUGAGUCUUUUGCUGUCAUUAACAGAAUACACAGGAAUGAACCUGUCAUCAGGUAUCAGUAAUCCAUGUCAUGCAAGUACUACACUAAGAUAAUACAGUAAAUUCAGGAAUGUUACUGGGGAAAAAGGAAGAUAGCCUCACUGAGAAUUUAAUCAUUUAACUUUAAAAAAACUUUUACAUCAGUACAAGAAGGUAAAACUAAGAAUUAUAGAUUAGGCUCAAACUGGCAAGAAGUCAUCUAAAUCUCUCUUUUUAGUGGAUCUUUUUCUUUUUUUGUCCAAAGCGCCGCCUGCGCUGUUUAUAAAGAUGACGGAAAUUUAUGUAUAAUCCUGAAAAAGAAAAGAGGCCAAUUAGAAAUGAGAAUCUUUGUCUCUGUUUAUAAGCAGAAGCUCUUGGGGCAGGACAGUCCCUAGUUGUCUGUUUUUCAUAUCCCACAGCCCUGUGCUUACUGCAGUUGCUCAGGAAGUACAACUUAGAACAAAUAUUAAUAAUGCACUAGAGACAAUUCAAUUUUCCCCCAGUGGGUUCUACAAUUUAAUUUUCUCCCAUAUUUUACUAUGAAAAAUUUCAAAUAUACAGAAGAUUAAACCAUUGUACAGUGAAUACCACCUAGAUUUAAACUUUAACUUUUUUACAUUUAUCACAUACCCAUUCCCAUCUCAUUCUUUAUGUAUUUCAAUGUAAGCUGCAGACAUCAGUACACUUCACCCCUAAAAAUUUCAUUAAUUAGAGUUCAGUAUUCUUUUUUUUCCUUUCUUUUAAGGUAGGAUUUAUAUAAAAUGAAAUACACAAAUCUGAAACAGAGAACCUAAUUUUUAAUUCAAGGCUAUGCAAUAAUAUGUAUUAAGCAAUAGCCUAAAAGGUAUGAGACACUUUUCUAGGAAGCACACAAUUCAGUGAACUAGAAAAACACAGGAUUUAAGAGCCAGAAGAAAAUUUCAAUCCUACGUGAUCACUGAGUAGUUCUGCAGCUUAGUCUCACCUCAGUUUUCUCACUGUACAACAGGGUUAAAAACACUUAUUUUACAGCCAUUGUGAGAGAACGUAUGUUUGAUCCAUACACAAAUAUAACAGGUUGUUAUACUGCUUCUAAAUUACGUAGAUUUAGGAUUUAUUUCAUUCUGAAGAAUAAGAACAACUACAUAUUCAUUGUAGGCAAACUAUGAAUACAGAACCUUGUAAGUUAGAAUAUGCAAUAGCUUAAACAACACAAGGAAAAGCCACUAGGGUUAGUGCACAUUAAAAUACACCUACCUGGGACUUCUCUGGUGGUCCAGUGGUUACAACUCUGCGCUCCCAAUGCAGGGGGCCCAGGUUCGAUCCCUGGUCAGGGAACUAGAUCCUGCAUGCCACAACUAAGAGCCUGCAUGCCACAACUAAUACAUGCCACAACUAAAGAUCCUGCAUGCGGCAACAAAGAUCCUGCGUGCCGCAACUAAGACCUGGUGCAGCCAAAUAAAUAUUUUUUAAAAUAAAUAAAAUACGUCUACCCUUCUAGCUUUUUUAGUAAAAUAUUUUAAGGGUCUUUCCAACACUUAUUCCUUUUUAACACUUUCAGUAGGCCCACCUCAUGGAGCCUAAUUACAGUAGUACUAGAUUUAUCCAGUAAUAGAGGUAAAGAGCUCUUUUAAUGAGUGCAUUUUCCAAAUUGAAGCUUACUCCCUUAAAGCGCCAAACGUUUUAAUAUUUUUGGUGUGAAAUCUUUCUGAAAUGGAAAAGAAGAACAAAUGGAAUAAAAUUUAACCUUUGGCAGAUGACCUGCCCCCAUAAUGUAUAUUAUUUAACUGCACUUCUGCCAUGUGCUGAUUCCGAGGGGCUCCUAAAGGGUGUAGGUCUCUUCUCCCCCACUUCUAAAUGACCAAGAUCGGGAAUUCCCUGGUGGUCCAGUGGUUAGGACUCCGCGCUUUCACUGCCAAGGGCCCGGGUUCAAUCCCUGGUUGGGGAACUAAGAUCCCACAAGCCGCAUGGUGCGGAUAAAUAAAUAACCAAGAUCACUGGGCUUUCCAACUUCUUGGGUUUACUUUUUGUGGUCUCCCUCUCAGUCUGGGGAAGCCAGCCUCCAAGCUGGUCCCCAAUAAUCCCUACCUCCUGGUAUGUCAUACCCUUGUGUAGUCCCCUCCCACAUUAUACAAGGUUGAUCUGUGUAAGAAAGAGAAUACAGCAAAAGUGAUAGUAUGUCGGGGCUUCCCUGGUGGCACUAGUGGUUAAGAAUCCACCUGCCAAUGCAGGGGACAUGGGUUUGAGCCCUGGUUCGGGAAGAUCCCACAUGCUGAGGAGCAACAAAGCCCCCGUGCGCCACAACUACUGAGCCUGUGCUCUAGAGCCUGGAUGCCACAACUACUGAAGCCCGCGUGCCUAGAGCCCGUGCUCCGCAACAAGAGAAGCCACCGCAAUGAGAAGCCCGCGCACCGCAACAAAGAGUAGCCCCUGCUCGCCACAACUAGAGAAAGCCCAUGUGCAGCAACAAAGACCCAACACAGCCAUCAAAUAAAUAAAUAAAUAAAUCUUUUUUUAAAAAAGUGAUAGUAUGUCACUUCUGAGUUUAGGUUAUAAAAAGCAGUGUGGACAUGAUAGAAGUGCUAAUUAUCACUAUAAUGGCAAUCUUAUUACAAUUGAUAAAUGUAUCAAAUCAACAUAUUAUACCUUAAAGUUAUACAAUGUUUUAUGUCAAAUAUAUUUCAAUAAUAAAUAAAUUUUUUAAAGGCAAAAAAAAAAAAAA